UAAAAUGCCCACGAUCUCCUACCAUCUUGUAACAUCUAGAACUAGUGGCAGUGUCCCUCGUGCUUUCAAAUAUUGCAAGGCCACGAGCAGCGAGAAGAUCUCAAGCCAUUCCGAUAUUAAUGUUGUUAGGCAAUCAGCUAAUUACCAUCCUCCCAUUUGGCACUAUGAUUAUAUCCAGUCUCUGAGAAGUGAAUAUGUGGGGGAAUCAUGCACGAGACGAAUUGAGAAGUUGAAGGGAGAAGUGAGGACGAUGCUUCACAAAGUGGUUGACCCUUUACAACAACUUGAGCUGAUUGAUAUCAUACAAAGGCUUGGAAUAUCUUAUCACUUUGAGAGUGAUAUUAGGACAAUACUAGAAUUUAAUAUAUAUAAUACUAAUUAUCAAGGUGGCUAUAUGUGCAAGAAAGAUAAUUUAUACGCCACUGCUCUUGCAUUUAGACUAUUGAGACAACAUGGAUAUAGCUUCCCACAAGAGAUUUUCAAUCGCUUCAAGAAUAAUGAGUUAGGAUGUUUCGAGCAAAGUCUUUGUGAUGACAUCAAGGGAAUUCUAUGCUUGUAUGAAGCCUCAUUCCUUUUAAUAGAAGGUGAAAGUGUCUUAGAAGAAGCAAGAGAUUUCGCAACAAAAACACUCAAGGAGUUCAUCAUGAAACUAAACACGGAUCAAAAGCUUUCUGCUAUGGUUAGCCAUGCCUUGGAGCUUCCACUGCAUUGGAGGAUACAAAGGUUGGAAGCACGGUGGUUCAUUGAUGUAUAUAGGAGUAGAGAAGAUAUGAACCCUAUGUUGCUUGAGUUUGCAGAAUUGGAUUUCAACAUGGUACAAGCAGUCCACCAAGAAGAUCUGAAACAAAUGUCUAGGUGGUGGAGUAACACAAGCUUUGGAGAAAAUUUGAGCUUUGCAAGGGAUAGGUUGAUGGAAAAUUUCCUAUGGACAGUGGGAAUAUCAUUUCAGCCUUGGUUUGGAUAUAAUAGGAGAAUGUUAACAAAAGUCUUUUCACUAAUAACAACAAUAGAUGAUGUGUACGAUGUAUAUGGCACUUUGGAUGAACUUGAGCUCUUCACGGAUGCUGUUGAGAGAUGGGAUGUCAAUGCAAUAGAACAACUUCCUUAUUACAUGCAAAUAUGUUUCCUUUCUCUUCAUAAUUCAGUUAAUGAAAUGGCUUUUGACACUCUCAAGGAGAAAGGGUUGAACAACAUUCGAUACCUUAAAACAGCGUGGGCAGAUUUAUGUAAAUCUUAUUUGUUGGAGGCGAAGUGGUAUUACAGCGGACACACACCAAGCUUUCAAGAAUAUAUUGAAAAUGCAUGGAUUUCAAUAUCAGCACCAGUUAUCAUGGUGCAUGUUUAUUUUGCUAUCACAAAUCCGAUAACAAAGGAAGCCUUGGGUUGCUUGGAAGAGUAUUCGAAUAUAAUCCAUUGCUCAUCAAUGAUUUCCCGACUUGCUGAUGAUCUUGGAACAUCUAAGGCUGAGGUAGAGAGAGGUGAUGUUCCUAAAUCGAUCCAAUGCCAUAUGAAUGAUACUGGUGCCAGUGAAGAAGAUGCUCGUGAGUACAUAAGAUCUUUGAUUGGUACAACGUGGAAAAAGUUUAAUGAAGAACGCACAGCCAAUAGUUCUCCCUUUCCGGAAACAUUUGUUGAGAUUGUAAUGAACUUUGCAAGGAUGGCUCAAUGCAUGUACCAGCACGGAGAUGGGCAUGGCGUUGAAUACGGUGAAACUAAAGACCGCGUGUUAGCAUUACUGAUUCAUCCCAUUUCCAAACACCAAUGA